AUGGAGUGGUGGGAUGACCUUUGGCUGAACGAGGGCUUCGCCAAUUGGAUGCAGACCUUUUGCUCGGAUCGCUUGUUUCCGCAGUGGCACAUCUGGGAGUCCUACGUUGGGAUGGAACAGCAGAGAGCUUUGCAGUUGGAUGCCUUGAGAAGUUCCCAUCCCAUUCAAGUGCCAAUCAAAAAGGCCGAGGAGGUGGAAGAGGUCUUCGACGCUAUCUCUUACUGCAAGGGUGGCAGUGUGGUGCGGAUGAUCUAUCGGGUCCUGGGGGAGAAGCACUUCCAGGAAGGUUUGCAGUUGUACUUCUCGCGACACAAAUACAGCAACACCCGAACCAUCGACCUUUGGAAUGCCUGGAAGGAAGUGUCUGGAAAGCCCAUCGACAAGAUGAUGAGUUCAUGGACUGAACAGAUGGGUUUCCCAGUGCUCGAAGUCCUGAAUGAUCCGUUUUCAACGGGUCAAGUGGAGUUGAAACAGAGUUGGUUUCUGGCCGAUGGAUCCAAGGAAACAGGUGAUGACGCAAAGGUGUGGUUCUGCCCCGUGAUUGUGGCCACGGACAAAGGUGAGGCUCCAGUCUCGUUCUUGGAGCAAAAGACUGGGAAAGUGGAUUGUGCAAAUUUGGCAGGAGCUUCCUUCAUGAAAGUGAACUUUGGACAGCAUGUGCCUGUGCGAGUACUUUACCCUGAGCCAGUUUUCAAGCGAUUGGUGCAGAAUCUCAAGGCCAUUCCAGCUGAGGAUCGAAUUGGACUUCUGUCCGAUACCUUUGCCACUUGUAAGGCAGGCGGUGCAGAUCCAGGAUUUAUCGUGGAUCUUCUGUCUGGCUUCAAAGAGGAGUUAAAUCACAACGUGUGGUCCGAGCUUUCGGCUUGUUUGGGCGGACUGGAGAAGAUCAUUCUUCAAGGUUUGGACGAUGAUACCGGCGCAGCCUUCCAGGACUUCUGCAGUAAGCUCGUGCUCCCAGCCUUCAAAUAUAUCGGCUGGGAUCAGCUGCCAUCAGAUGAUGACAACGCAAAGGGCUUGCGCAGCACCGUGCUCUCUGCUGUGGCAAAGUAUUGCUACAAGGACCCCAGUAUCUCAGCGGAAGCUGUGAAGAGAUGCAAGGCCUUUGUUGCAGAUCCCAACAAUGUGGCAUCGCUCAACGCGGACAUCCGCCUAGCAGUCUUUGAUGUGACUGUGAAAAGUGAGGGCGAUGCCAUGUUCGACGAGCUGAUCAAAGCUCAUGACAUGGUGAAGGAUGGAGCGGCCAAGAUUCAUAUCUAUGGAGCCUUGGGCAAGGCGCAAUCGGCCACUUUGAGGAACCGAGCCUUGGAGUUCAACCUCAGCGGCUCCGUCAGAUCACAGGAUCUGAUCUACAUCCCCAUGGCCAUGGCUUCGUCCGGAAAGGAUGGGGCCGAGGCGGUCUUCGACUGGAUGCAAGCCGAGUACGAGCGCAUCUAUGAAAUAAUUGGUGCGACCAGCAUGAUGCUGUUCCAGAACAUGGUGCGGGUCUCGGGUACAGGCUUUGUAACCCAUGAAAAGGCCGAUGCAGUGGAAAACUUUUGGAAAGCCAAACAGGUUUACCAAAAUGUCCAGAAAGCUUUGGCGCAAACUGUGGAGAAUAUUCGCUCCAACGCACUUUUUGUCGAUCGAUUGAAGAAUUCGAAAGCCGCAAAGGCACCCACCUGGGGAUCGGCCAUGGCAGACAGCCGUUUGUAG